AUUAAAAAAGGGCGGAAAGUGAAUUACGUGAGAUAAGUAUUGUAUCAGCAUUACAAUGUACUACUUUUGUUUUGUGUUAAAAAAAGAUUGGAAUGCUUGCAUAUAGAUUAUCUACAACAUACAACUGUGUGGACCAAAAUGAAAUAAGCAAUAUUAACUGGCAAGAAGUUGGAUUAACUUAAGUGAUGCAAGAAUCUGAUUUUUGUAGGAGGGUCAAGAAACGAAAACUAAAGGACAUGGUGAGAAGAAAUGAAAAUUGUGUAGCAAGUUUUUCAAAAGCAAAGUUAUGUCAAUGGUUUGAAGAUGCAGAAUCACAAAUUCUAGAGGAUCUUGAACCCCAGUUUAAAAGAAAAGUAGUAUUACCCAAAAUAAUUAAGACAGCAGUAAGAGAGAACAAUAAACACGUGGCUCGACAUGGCUGGGAAUCUUGUAAUUCUGGAUUUGACCAAGUUGAAUUUUAUGAUGUUCAAAAUAUUAAAAAAAAUAGGUUUUUACAAGGGGGUUUCACUUCAAGAAAUAUGAAUAAAAGUUUGCAGGGACAAGAAAGUUUUCCUGUGCUCAAGCAUGAUCUUCCAUCACGGAAUGUUCAACCAGUAUAUGAAACACAGGUACUUGAAAAGUGCAGUGAUAGCAAAAUCAUCCAUAAUACUUCUGUGUUUUCAGAAUCCCAGUCAGUGGAUGAAAAAGAUGAUGAUCAUAAUAUCUCACUAAUGUCCUUCCCUCAGCCAAAAUCUUUUGAAAAAUAUGCUGUAGCCCAAGAUUCCAAGGGCAUUUAUCAAGAUUCAUCAGAAAUAUCAAGUAUUUCUAGGAUGUGUUUUCAACGGCUUGAUACAAAUAAAUUUGGCUCAGAAAGUUCCACUGAUGUUUUAUCCAUAUACAUCCCUGAAAUAAGAUUUGAAAAGCCUACAUCUAUAAAUAGUCUGCAGAAAACACCUGUAAAACCAAUCCUAGUUAGUAGCCCUCAAACAAAAUCUUUAAGACCAGUAUCUGAUGAUUGUUCAGAAACUAUACCUUUACUGUCAUUGUGUGAGAAUGUUGUGCAAAGAAAAAGAAUAAACGAUAUACCUACAUGUUACUAUAAAAACAAAUUGGAUAACUUGGUCCCUUUCCAUGAUGCUCAGACUAUACCCAUGAACUCAACUUGUGUCAAUGACUACAAAAGAAUUGAAGACUGUACUGAAUUAUCAAUGCCCACCAGCUCUCAAAAUAUAAACAGGAAAUUAAUUUAUUGUAAAGAUAAAAAUGAAGCUGGUUUUGAAGAAUUUAAACCAUACACACAUGUACCUUAUUUUCAGAACUUUAUAAAUGGAAGUGGCAGUGAUAAUUUUCAUUUGUCAAAUUUCCAUUGCGACAGUUUAAACAAACUGUCCACUAACUUUGUUAAUAAAGAUAAUUCUGUGAUACUAUAUAUGCCACCAUCAUUUAACUGUUCACUAGGCUUUUUUACUCAGAAAUUGUCAGAUCAGUUGACUAUGAAAGUGGAUUUUAAUGAAUUUUCAAAAUCACUCAUAACCAGUCCUCAACAAAACUUGUCUAAGAAAUCAUUCAAUAACUUUUCUGAAAAGAAACAUCUUUCUUUAAUAUCUGUAUUUUCAAUACCCAGUGCUAAGGAAGAAUUUUUUCAACAGAAGGUUAUUAACACAGUGGAAAAAGAGGAAUUCAGUGAUAUUUCCCCAGCUUCUGAAAAUAUAACAAGUACUGAAAUAGUUUAUGCUACCGAAGAAUGGAAUUGUCUCUCUUGCUCAUCUGAUAGUAGCCAGAAUGAGCUAAUCAUAGAUCAGUUUGAAUCUCAGUGUAUUUCCUCAUUAGGCAAAAAGGAAGGCAAUGAAUUAAAGGACAGUCCAAAUGUUCACAGUUUUGAUUCUCAGGAAGAGCUUAUUUCUUCUCCUCUUAGUCAGCAUAUCACUUCUUCUCUCUCACAAACUCCACCUGGUGUCACUUCAUUUCCACGAGGAAGUGACUGGCUUCAAAAAGUAUCAUGGCAACAGAAAACUCCAGAGAAAAACAAUGACCAAACAAUUCUUUGCACACAUGAGUCAGAGAAGAAAAAGAAAAAGAAUUUAAGUGGUGGAUUUGCAAACAAGUUGAAUAAGCUGGAAGCAAGAGAAAAAUCAUAUGAAGCCAUCUGGUGGUAUCAAAAGUUACACUCAUCAGCAAGUGUUGAAAGUAAAGAGAAAGAGAAACUGAUGUUAAGGCAAACUGAUAUAACAGGAAAACAAAUGAUUUUGGAACUUAAACUGGGAACUAUUUACUCUAAAGGAGGAUUGAUUUGGACACGGUGUGUUGUUGCUUCUAAUACUAGUGUAAUUUCCCAAAAGGCAGCUUUAAAGGACAAGGAAAAUGUGGAUGUUUUUCCUACUAUUUCUAAUUAUAUACUUUUCCUUCCUGUUACACUAAGUCAAAAAUUACAACUGUUACAUGGAUCUGUCAUCAAGCUUUUCUCUCCGUGGCUGCAGCUGGACUUGGCUUGUUUUUCUGAACCAGUCAUUCUCUGCUCUAAGUUUUUAGACGUUAUCAGCAAGUUGAAAGACCAGGCUAUUACUGAUAGAAAAGAGCAAAAUACAGAGGAAAUUACAUUGUUUAAAUGGUCAUGUCAUUGUAGAGAUGGCUCAGUUCCUGCUAAGUAUUGUCCACUCUAUGAUAAAACUUGUACCAAGGUUCAAACAUCCAGUGAAGAAACUCUUAGAUUAGAUAAUAAUUUAUUUAACUGUCAAAAUGAUGAUAUAAGACCAACCCAGAAGCAACAAUGAAUGUUGUUUACCAACAGCGUAUGAUAACAGAUGAGACAUAAAACUUAAUAUCUGUAUUUAUAGCCAACAAUAAGGGUUUCCACUGAGAAAGUUGGUUGAGGCUAGUGAAACUAAAAUACUUAAGAAAUAAUUCAAAGAUUGAGAGUGAAUUUGUUUAUUAAGUCUUGUAAAAUGGUUUUAGAAAUGUAGAUGAACACAGUAUUUGCUUUAGAUAGAACUGCUUCCAAGAACAAAAGGAUCUAAGAAAUUAUUGAUCAGUUAAACAAAAUAUUAUUUACAUUUAACUAUAUGUAACAAUAGUAAUAACCUAAUUCAAAGACUGUGAUAAGAACAUAGCAUAUUUUAAGUUAUAUUAUUUUUGCAGUGCAUGGUACUAGAAAUACUUCAGUCAAUCAGUGUGUAUGUUCAGCAGUGCAUCAAUCCAAUAGUACCUUCUAUGAACAUUUUGUUACUUAAUGUGUAAUUCAUAUUGCAACUUGUCAAACUUAGAAGUAAUACAUACUUAAAACUAAAGCACCAAGUCAAUCAACAUAUAUUUAUAGCAACUCUUCACCCCAUGUUCCUCUUGCAUUUGAUGAUGCUCCCAAGUAUGAUCAAGAAACUAUGACUUUUACCAGUCAUUUCUCCACAGACUUUACAGUAUCUAUCAGUAUUUGUAUUAUUGUGUCUGGUGGUUAUUGUCUCAGAGCUGCAAAAUACUACACAUUACUGGUUCUAUGAAAAUUUAUGAUAACUUAGAUGUAUGUUAUUUGAUGUAAUAAAAGUUCAUUAUCUUUUGUAAA